AUGGAACGACUUUGUAAAGAAAUUGCUCCUGAAACAUUACAAAUGUUUCGAAAUGAGAAUUCGGACAAUGAUGAUGAUAAUGAUAAUAAUAGUACACAAAAGCAAGACAAAUUUUAUCACUGGAUAAUGACAUAUCUUCUUAAACAAGAUCAACAUUUAACAGCCAUUAUUCGUACUCAACAAGAGCAACAAAAAAAUUUUGCUGCUGUUACACAAUGUCUUCUUCAUCACAGUGACGAAAUAGUAAAGAUGAUGCAAAUACAACAGGAACACGUAAACUACUUUCGCCGACUCUCAGAUCAGAUUGUAGAACAGCAGAAACAAUUAACCCAAAUUAUUGAAAGACAACAGCAACAAGAAGCUACUAAUAGUAAUUUACUACAAACCCAAUCAUCCAAGGAACAAUCGGCAACCAAUAUUGAUCAUGAUCGAGCAUGUCCUGACAAACACGAAAGUCGAAAAGUGAUUCCAAGUAUUCCAGUUAAUGCACGAUGGGUACAGAAUGGAGUGACCGUUGCCGGAGGUAAUGGAGAAGGCCAUGAUACCAACCAACUCUCACAACCUCUCGGUUUGUUCGUUGACGAGGAUGAAACGGUAAUCAUUACUGAUAAUUGGAAUCAUCGUAUUGUCGAAUGGAAGAAGAAUGAUACAAACGGGAGAGUGAUUGCUGGUGGUAAUGGUCAAGGAAAUCGAUUGAACCAAUUGAAAUAUCCAAGCGAUGUCUUGUUCGACAAAGAUACGAAAAAUCUCAUCAUCUGUGAUCGUGGCAAUGAACGAGUUGUGCAAUGGUCUCGUCGUAGUGGAACAAGUAAAGGAAAAGUUCUCAUCGACAAAAUCUUUUGUUAUGGAUUAGCUAUGGAUGAUCAAAAAUAUCUCUAUGUCACUGACAUCGCACAAAAUGCAGUAAGACGAUAUAAAAUAGGAGAAAAGAAUGGAACUCUCGUUGCCGGUGGUCAUGGUGCAGGUGAUGGCCUUAAUCAAUUCGAUGAGCCGAUCAAAAUCUUUGUCGAUCAACAACAGGCUGUCUACAUAUCAGAUAACAGAAAUCAUCGUGUAAUGAAAUGGAAUAAAGGUGCAACAGCAGGAAUUGUCGUUGCUGGGGGUCAGGGACAAGGUGAUGCUCUGACACAAUUGUUCACUCCUAUCGGUCUUGUCGUCGAUGCUUUGGGUACUGUUUAUGUGGCCGAUACGUGGAAUAGUCGAGUCGUGAGUUGGCCUAAAGGAGCGAAACAAGGUAAUAUUAUUGCGGGUGGCAAUGGCGAAGGAAAACAACCAAAUCAACUUCAAUAUCCUGUGGAUUUGUCCUUCGAUCGACAUGGCAACCUCUAUGUAGUUGAUUGGGAUAAUAGUCGAGUUCAACGAUUUUCCAUCAAAUAG